AUGGCCGACGACCCCCGAGGGCCCUCAAGAGGCAUUGAUUACACCAAGGCGGAUGUUGCUACCCUGGUUAGACAACUGUGCAUGUUGCUCCACAGGCAAAAUCUGGAUCACCGCAAAGAAGUGGUGGACUUUGACUUGUUGGCCGUAUUUUUAAUGCAAGAGAUCACCCCAAAGACGCACAUCAGAAAAAUUGUCCAAUUGCUGCUGGCGCAAUUUCAAUCGGCAAAAUUCCCAGCCGAAGGGUUGUCCGCUGGCGCUCCUCCAAGCACCGCUCUCCAAAGCCAGUUACUCCAAGCUGCCGAAUCAGUUCACGAGACCAUCCAACAAUACAAUGGCCUAUGGAUUGAUGUACAACCAUUUUCUUCUUAA